AUGUGUACAGAAAUAGCAGUGUGUACAGAAAUAGCAGUGUGUACAGAAGUAGCAGUGUGUACAGAAAUAGCAGUGUGUACAGAAAUAGCAGUGUGUACAGAAGUAGCAGUGUGUACAGAAAUAGCAGUGUGUACAGAAAUAGCAGUGUGUACAGAAGUAGCAGUGUGUACAGAAGUAGCAGUCUGUUACACCAAGCUUUUCGGCUCUUACAAGAUGAGCCGGAAAAGAAUUUCAGAUUACUUUAAUGGCACACACGAGGUUCUGGAGCUAGAAGACGAGGAAGAGCAUGAAGCCAGCCUACACAAGAGCUACAAGGACUGCAAGAAAAACCCUGGCCACGUCAACUUCAUACCUGUCAAGGAGUUCACCGCCAAGCACCUUCCGGCGCGUUACCAAGACGACGACCUUCUUGAACUCGUACGGCGUCUGUCUGACAUGACGGUCCAGAUCACUGUCAAGUACACCAGUCUAGACAGACCGCAGUUUGUUGCCGGCUCCACGGCUCCGUAUCCGUGUUACGCCAGCCGAGGCCGGAAGGCGAUAAGAACCGGAAGUGGGUGGGUGGAUGGGAUGACCAAGUACAUUGACAUCGACAACAGGCUCUGUGAGUGCGAGGUUUGUCUGAAGACGAAUGAACAGUCAAGGAGUGGGGGGAGAUCGAUGUACUCACGGCUAAGGAGUGGGGGGAGAUCGACGUACUCACGGCCAAGGAGUGGGGGGAGAUAG